CUGCGGGUUGGCGGCUCUGCCUGUCCGGCGGCGCCCCUUCCUCCUGGGAAGUUGGGAUGGGACGCUCUUGGCGGAGGGAGGGCGCCCCAAGUCACUUCCUGCUGAGGAGAGAAAGUGCCUCUUUCGCUUUUCCUUUCUGGCCGAAGAAGGGAAGAGGAAGGCAGACUUUGAGAGAAUGAUAUGCGCAGCGUUGCUGCACCUUGACCAUCAUUCAACAUAGACAAAAGACUGCUUAUUGACUGAGCCAGAAAGCGAAACUAAACCAAUAAACGAGAGCAAACUUCAGGAGAAGAUGGCAGAAAAAAUCAUACAAACCACUCAAAAAGACUUCCCUGAAGAAAAGGGCUCUCUGCCACAGAGGAAAACGAUUAUCCAGCCACCAAAUAGUGAAAAUAUUAUCUCCAAUACUCAGCAAAAGCCCUUAGAUGGAAUUCAAAUGAAGAAAGAAACUGCUGAGCUUCCAAGGAUUUUCCCAGGUUCAGUGGCCUUCCCAGAAGGAAGCUCAGUGGACAAUGAUGUGGUCAGUUCUUCGGAGGAAAAGACUGAAUAUUCAGCCCAAGUUGCCCUACAAGAUUCUUCAAGGACAGAGAAAAACAGUGUGUCUGAAAUUGUCCAAGAAGAAAAAUUAAGUUCAUUAGAUCAACAGAAUCAGCACUCAUUGAAACAUCCUGAAGACACUAAGGAGGAUCUCUUCAACCAGGAAUCAGUAAUAUUAGAUCCAAAGCCUGAAGAUCCAAGGAGGAAUGAGUCUUUGACAGAAGGUUCAGUGGCCUUCCAAGAAGGAAGCUCAGUGGACAAUGAUGUGGUCAGUUCUUCGGAGGAAAAGACUGAAUAUUCAGCCCAAGUUGCCCUACAAGAUUCUUCAAGGACAGAGGAAAACAGUGUGUCUGAAAUUGUCCAAGAAGAAAAAUCGAGUUCAUUAGAUCAACAGAAUCAGUGCUCAUUGAAACAUCCUGAAGACACUAAGGAGGAUCUCUUCAACCAGGAAUCAGUAAUAUUAGAUCCAAAGCCUGAAGAUCCAAGGAGGAAUGAGUCUUUGACAGAAGGUUCAGUGGCCUUCCAAGAAGGAAGCUCAGAGGACAAUGAUGUGGUCGAUUCUUCAGAGGAAAAGACUGAAAAUGCAACCCAUGUUGCCUUGCAAGAUUCUUCAAGGACAGAGGAAAACAGUUCAUCUGAUAUUGUCCUAGAAGAAAAAAUGAGUUCAUUGGAUCAACAGAAUCAGCACUCAUUGAAACAUCCUGAAGACACUAAAGAGGAUCUCUUCAACCAGGAACCAGUGAUAUUAGUUCCAAGGCCUGAUGACUCAAGGAGGAAUACCUCUUUGACAGAAGUUGUAGGAAACACAGUUUCCAAAUCAGAGACUGGAGAGGCAAGCCAAUGCCUUACACAAGAAGGACGCAAAGAGAGCACAAUUAAAUUAAUGGCGAAUUGUCUGCUUCUUGCUCUUCGAGGCUUGCCCUUUCAUGGAAUUCUGGGAGUUCUGGUGCUUUUGGUUGCCAUUUUCAUCAGCAGUGGCUACUAUACUUCCUAUCCCAUGGUUGUGCCAAAAAAUCCAGCUGUAGAGGCCUUCCUGUCAAGGUUUGAUCCACUGAAAGACAUCUUCCCAGAUCAGAGCCCUCACCUGUGGGGACGUGUGCGGAAGGUCCUGCAGAAGCACCUCAAUCUUUCUCACCACACUGAGCCGGCCAUCUUAAUAUUUACAGCGGCACAGGAAGGAGAAGCAACUUUGAAGUGCCUGAGCACUCGGAUUGCUGAUGCCUACUCAUCAUCCCUCCAGGGCACCACUGUCCUGGUUGACGGAGCUUCAAAAUCCACACUAAACAGUGACCGUGCCAAACUGGACGUCGAUGAAGAGCUGAGCUUGGGCUUUCACGGCGGGGGGAAAGCAGCAGUGGUGCACCAGUUUGAGUCGCUACCCGCAGGCUCCACCUUAAUCUUUUAUAAGUACUGUGACCAUGAGAGUGCAGCUUUCAAAGAUGUUGCACUGAUUUUGACUGUUUUGUUGGAGGAUGAGAAACUGGAGCCGAAUAUUGGGUUGCAAAUGGUGGAGGAACAUGUGCGGGACUUUCUCUGGGCCAAGUUCACCAAGUCAGACAUGCCCAGUUCCUACAACCACAUGGAUACAGACAAGCUGAGUGGGUUGUGGAGCCGCAUAUCCCACUUAGUUCUGCCUGUUCAUCCAGUACAAACUCUAGAGGACAGAGGUUGCUCUUUGCAAACCAAACCAAGAGGUGACCCAAGUGAGCCCCCAGGGAAAGCCUGAACACCUUGGAGGAUUUGCAGCAGAGAUUAUUUCCUCUGAGCCAUGCAGGGAUCUCGAGUUUUAAUGAUGACUGUGUUGAUUUUUUAAAAUCAAUUAGACAUUUAGAUGUCACUUUUGAUACUUGGCAAUAUAUUAGAGAAGAAAUGAGUAAUAUAUUAGAUUUUUUUGCAGCUGGUUGCACACAUUGACACGCAAUCUAGGGAGUGGUUUUAAAGUUAGAUAGAUUAUGAGGGGCUGAUACUUGACUCUUGCACAUUAUAUAUUUUGAAUAUUUUUGCCCCUGGAAGUCAAUGGACAGGAUACAGAGACACAGAAAACAGUCCUUCACAGAAUCAGCCCUUCUCGAGAGUUAUUUUUACAGUGAGUGCUUCUUUCAGCUUUGUUUCCCCGGUGGCACAGUGGGUUAAACCCCUGUGCAGGCAGGACUGAAGACCGACAGGUCGCAGGUUUGAAUCCGGGGAGAGGCAGAUGAGCUUCCUCUAUCAACUCCAGCUCUUCAUGCGGGGACAUGAGAGAAGCCUCCCACAAGGAUAAUAAAAACAUCAAAUCAUCCGGGCGUCCCCUGGGCAACGCCCUUGCAGACGGCCAAUUCUCUCACACCAGAAGCGACUUGCAGUUUCUCAAAUCACUCCUGACACGACAAAAAAAAAAGCUUUCUUUCAUCUAGAACAGCUUUCUUUCAUCAAACUAAGGCCCAGGGGCCAAAUAUGGCCCUUCAAGGUCAUUUACCCGCCCCUCACUCAGGGUCAACCUAAGUCUGAAAUGCCUUGAAAGCACACAACAACAACAACAACAACAACAACAACAACAAUAACAAUCCUAUCUCAUCAGCCAAAAGCAGGCCCACACUUCCAAUUGAAAUACUAAUAAGUUUAUAUCUGUUAAAAUUGUUCUUCAUUUUAAUUAUUGUAUUGUUUUAAAGUGUAUUUUGCACUACAAAUAAGAUAUGUGCAGUGUGCAUAGCAUUUCAUUUUUUUUUUUCAAAUUAUAAUCCGGCCCUCCAACAGUUUAAGGGACUGUGACCUGGCCCUCUGUUUAAAAAGUUUGAGGACCCCUGAUCUAGAAUGUGGUGGACACUUGUGGCUGUCCAGAUUUUUUUAUUUUAUUUACCGCAACAUACUAUUAGUUGGCUAGGCUACAGGUGGCCCAUCCAAUGAAGAUGAAAUUCUUGUAUGCAAAUUGACUGCUUAUUCUAUGGCAGAAAUUGCUAACCGAACUUGCUGAUCAAAAGGUUGGUGGUUCGAAUUCAGGAAGCAGGGUGAGCUCCCCCUGUUAGCCCCAGCUUCUGCCAACCUAGCAGUUCGAAAACAUGAAAACGUGAGUAGAUCAAUAGGUACCGCUUCUGCAGGAAGGUAAUGUCGCUCCAUGCAGUCAUGUUGGCCACAUGACCUAGGAGGCAUCUACAGACAACACCGGCUCUUUGGCUUAGAAAUGGAGAUGAGCACCACCCCCCAGAGUCUGUCAUGACUAGAAUUAAUGUCAAGGGGAAACCUUUAUCUUUUGUAUUUUGUAGUAUUCAGCUGCUACUUUAUAUUGUCUUAUCACACACAAAAAUCCGGUGGCGCAGUGGGUUAAACCCCUGUGCCGGCAGGACUGAAGACCGACAGGUUGCAGGUUCAAAUCCGGGGAGAGGUGGAUGAGCUCCCUCUAUCAGUUCCAGCUCCUCAUGCGGGGAGAUGAGAGAAGCCUCCCACAAGGAUGAUAAAAACAUCAAGAUCAUCCGGGCAUCCCCUGGGCAACAUCCUUGUAGACGGCCAAUUCUCUCACACCAGAAGCGACUUGCAAUUUCUCAAGUCACUCCUGACACGACAAAAAAAAAAAAUCAGCCUCACAUUAGUGAUCUUUCAUAGCAGCAACCAAAAUGACAUAAAAGUAUGCAAGCUUUUGUGAUUGCGAACAAUUUUGUUUCCAGAGAAGCAACCAGUCUGCAAGAGAAACCUUAAGUCAAUCAUGCACAGAAUAUGUAUCCUCUUUAUUCGUAUUUACUGCAAAAAUCUGCACAGACUGUGUUUAGGGAAUGUGGGAUAUCCAAUGUUUUGAAUGAGCAAACAACUCAUGAACAUUUGCAAAAAUGUUUUGCACACAUAAAAAAUUCCCAGGAGUUCUGAAAAUGGAAAUAAUUAUGUUUCUCAGCCAUCUUUGAUUGAUUGGGUGUCUAAAGGCUGGGGAUUUUAGAAAGUUUAUAAGUAUUCUUUCAUCCCUAGCAUUUACACCAAAGAUGGCAGCAUAUUGUACAAGGAUCCUUUCUAUUGUACAAUGCAAUCGUUUCAUGGUAUUUAAGCAAUUUAAGUAUUAAUUGCUAUUCUUUCCUUACUGCAUAAUUUACACUUAAUAGUGCAAUUCUCUCUUGUGUGUGUACUCAGAAGUAGGCUGCCAACUUUGGAUUUGCCAUGUGUGCUGUACCUCUAUCAAUUUUUUUAUCCCAAGCAGUAGAAUCAUAGAGCUGGAAGAGACCACAUGGGCCAUCUAGUCCAACCCCCUGCCAUGCAGGAAAAGCACAAUCAAAGUACACCUGACAGAUGGCCAUCCAGCCUCUAUUUAAAACAGUGGUUCUCAACCUGGGGUCCCCAGAUGUUUUUGGCCUUCAACUCCCAGAAAUCCUAACAGCUGGUAAACUGGCUGGGAUUUCUGGGAGUUGUAAGCCAAAAACAUCUGGGAACCCCAGGUUAAGAACCACUGAUUUAAAAGCUUCCACCACAGUAAAAAAGGUCAUGAUAAUUCAUGUGCACCUCCAUGCACAUCAGUUUCUGUGCAUAAAGCUGCAUUAAAAGGCCCACUGGCAACACAGCUAAUGAGUAAAUAAACAAGUAUGCAAAAUUACAAGCCUAAUUUUCAGUAACACUAAACACCUAUGUCAAUAAAGCUAAGAAUAAAAAUAAAACUUUUGAAAAUG